CUUGCUGAGCUGUUUCCGCUCGAUCACAUGAUCUCUUCCAAACUCUGGCUCCAGCUGCGGGAGGGGAGCUUCAGAGACACCGAAGAGGAACUGCAGCUUAAUGAUAACUUUUACUGGACUUUCCUGCAGUCUGAUUGAUUUUUAAAUAAAGGUACUUAGGGCUUUAUGGAGAAGAUGUCAGAAGCUAAGAGUAACAGUGAGUCGAACGCUGGGAAUGCCAUCGUUCCUGGAAUGCCCUCCAGUGAAGAAGAACGUCCGGAUGAGGAUCUUCUCCUUGCUGCUGCCUAUGUUUAUGAUGCUCAAUAUAACAGAAACAUUCCGUUUGAAACCUCUCCUCAAGCAGUCAGACUUUAUUACUUUUACAACCACUGGGCUAUGCAGGUAGCCACCUAUUUCUUCAUUCUGGUUGAUCUGUCACUGGCAUUAUUUGAGGACCCAGCUGCUUACCCAUUACCAUUUCUGGUGACCGCACUAGUUGAGGUUAUGUGCCUUGUAGCUUUUUUUAGUCGCUUGGUGCAUUUUAGUAGAGUUACCCCUCGCAAUCUGUUCUGGAAGGAUACAAAAAACAUAUGUGUAAUGGUCACAAUAAUGCUGAAUUUAAUUGAUCUGAUUAUCUGUGGAGCUUUGAGCAUCGCUCAAAUACGCACCAUUCGAUGGACAAGGGUGCUACGACCGAUUUAUUUAGUCAACUUUGCUGAAAGUCGUCAGAUCCGCAGAGCAUUCCGAAGUAUCCGAAAUACAUUACCAGAAAUUCUUUAUGUCUUUCUUCUGUUUAUGUUCAGUGUUCUCGCAUUUUCUCUGAUGGCAAUGAAACUUUUUGGAAGCAGAAAACUCAAAACAGCCGAAGGAGAACCUUACUUUGAAAACUACCUUGAAGGUGUAUUUAAUCUUUAUGUGUUGGUGACAACAGCUAAUAGUCCAGACGUUAUGAUGCCAGCCUAUGACUACAACCGGUGGUAUUCGAUCUUCUUCAUAGCCUACAUUAUACUCAACACCUAUAUCUUCAUGUCUGUCUUCCUGGCGGUUGUGUACAACAAUUACAGGAAACAUCUAAAGAAUGAGAUCCGUAAAUUAGCUUAUAUGAAGCGUCGUAAGAUGGUGGAAGCUUUUAAUGCUUUAAAGGUCAAGGAAGGUACCGAGUUUGUCAUUCCAGAGGGCAGGUGGAAACAUCUGGUGAAGUUGGUGGCUCCGGAUAUCAGUAAUUCUCACAGAGAACUGCUCUUGAGAGUGUCUAAUGAUGCAAAAACAAACUAUGUGGGAAAGGAGGCUUUCUUGCGCCUGGCUGAUCUAUUAAAUAUUAAAGUAAUUACGAUGAAAGCACGCAUGCAUCCCCUGGAGUCCUGGCUGCCUUACCUGUACAAAUCUACUUUGAGUCGUUUCAUCCACAAAGUAGUCAGACACAAAGGGUUUGUUUAUGCCUUUGAUGUCAUUAUUCUAGUCAAUGCUAUCUUUAUUGCUCUGGAUGACAAGAGCCCAUUAAUUGCAAAUGCGGAGUGGGUGUUCCUCACGUUAUAUAUACUGGAAAUACUUCUCAAACUCUAUACGUAUGAUCCAAGAACAUUUUUUGCCAAGAACCAGUUUUGGAAUUGGUUUGAUACUUUUAUUAUUGUUGCAGCACUAAUUGCGACAAGUGUCAAUGCAGGAUUGAAAUCUGCAAGCCAGUACAACAGUCAGCAGGUGCUCGACAUAGUGUUCAUUUUAAGGGUUCUACGACUUAUCAGGAUCAUUGACAGUGUGCAAAGAUUCAGAGUUAUUGUGAAUACGCUGAUUAACAUCCUGCCCACGAUGCUGACAUUUUGUGGACUUAUUUUAGUGAUAUAUUAUGUGUUUGCAGUAGUCGGUAUGGAAAUAUUCAGUGGCAAAAUACGAUUCUUUCCUGUGAAUUCCACAGAUCCUCUUGCCCAUUCUUGUGGGGCUGCUGUCCUAAAGGACUCUGUCUUUGCCAGGAGCAAAUAUUGCAGAAACAACUUCAAUGACAUUGCAUCCAGCUUUAUUGUUCUUGUGGAGCUCACUGUUGUCAACCAAUGGCACGUUCUGGCUACUGGAUUUUCUCUGGUUACUCAUCCCGCAGCAAAGCUGUAUUUCAUCGCUUUUCAUGUCGUCAUCGUUAUCAUGAUUAUUAACAUUUUUGUAGCAUUUAUUUUGGAAGCUUUUUUCGUGGAAUAUUCGUUGGAAAAGAGCGAGGUUGAGACAGCUAUUGAGAAGAAGAUCCAAGAGUUGGGAAUGGCUGUGCAAGAGGAAGAUCUGUCUUCUGGAAACUUGGUUGACAACAUGGAACAUGGUGAAAAUAAUAUUAGCCAUUUUGGAGAUACAAGCCAGAAGGGGUUGAUGUUUAGAAUUGCAUCAAACCGGUACAGAACAGUGGAUGCUUUGUUGCAGCGUAUGUUUGAGUCCGAGAUGCCAUUGGAAGACGAAGUUCCAGAAAUAGAUGAGAUAUUAAACCUAUCGCCAAAUGAUAUCUACAUACACAACCCAAACUUUAAUACAGCAGGCUAGGUUUGGAUGACAGGGCUGUCUGGAAGCCAGAGGAACACAAGUUACUGGAAUUAUAAGACUGGAAUACACACUCUUCAUUUAUUAGUAAUAUUGCAUAUUUUUGUAAUAGAAAUAUUUAUUUUUACGAUCAAUAUCUCCUUUACUAUAAACAAAUUGUGCUAAAAUCAACAGAAGUUUAGACCAAGUGUAAAGACGCAUGGGAUGUGGCAUUGCUCUUGAAAUAUGACAAGCAUUAUAACCCUUACCUCCAACUUCAGUGAUUGCCAGAAAACAACCAUUUGCUGUGCAAAAAUAAAUUAUGGCACCUACAGGGAAUGUAGGACUCAACCUGAAUCCAUCAAGUUUUCAUCAACACAUUGUACUAUUAUUUCCACCAAAACAAGGUGCCUGCAUUUAUAGAAUCCCAUCUCUCUCUAUUGUCUACAAUGACUACUGGAAUCAGUAUGGGACAAAAUGCAGUCGCACACCCAAACCUUCUCGUGUAUGAUUGCCUCACGUGUGCUGCUUAUGAAUAAGAAGACCGUACGUAUGUGAUGUUGCAAUGCAUCGAUGGCUAUGAUCAAGUGCUUUGUGGAAAAUACUUAUACCGUCU